CACUGUGAACAGCUCUGACUGUUAGUUUAUCUAGAACCACACCAAACCGCUCCGAAUGACUCUGUUUACGUCCUGAAGACUGAAUUAUUCCGGGAUUUUGGUUGAUUUCCUUUAAAAGUAACACGCGCGGAUAUUUUUACCUCAGUGUUUUAUUUAGCUUUACCACAGAAAACUAUGAGCAUUAUAGAGACUCGUGGUGUUAAAUCUGUUAUUUGGCAGCAGACGCAUCAGCAGACCCCUCGCGUUUGGGCGGGCAGUGGCGCAGGGCUGGCUUAGAAAGAUCUCCCAGCGAGAUCAGAGGCGAACGCUGCGAAACUCAGAUGAGUUUUAAUCUCUGAAACAUGUCAACAAAGAAGCUGGCCAGAGAGCUUGGUCUAAUAAGACAACGCAGCCAGUCCUCCAGCGGUCAGAAGAAGCAAACCGGUCCAAGACAGCUGUUCUCCCAUCUGAUUGUUAUUGAUUUUGAAUCUACAUGUUGGAGGCAAAAAAACAACUACGGACAAGAAAUCAUUGAGUUUCCGGCUGUGUUGUUGAACACGUCUAACGGAGAGUUCGAGUCGGAGUUCCACUCGUACGUUCAGCCUCAGGAACAUCCGGUUCUGUCUGAAUUCUGCACAGAACUCACCGGAAUCACUCAGAAACAGGUGGAGGCGGGGCUUCCUCUGCGGAUCUGCUUGUCCAGGUUUGCCCGCUGGCUUCACACUCUGCAGCAGGAGAAAGGUGUGGUGUGCGGGACUGACGGCAGGAACACACCGGCCUCCGGACACCUGUGCACCUUCCUCACCUGGUCAGAUUGGGAUUUGGGAGUGUGCUUGCCUUAUGAAUGUAAACGGAAACAGAUCACUAAACCUGAAGUCCUGAACAGCUGGAUAGACCUUAGAGCCACUUACAAGGCGUUCUACAGCCGCAAACCUAAAGGUCUGAACGGAGCUCUGCAGGACCUGGGAAUACAGUUCAGUGGCAGAGAACACUCGGGUCUGGAUGAUGCUCGGAACACGGCUCGUCUGGCCUGGCGGAUGAUGACGGAUGGCUGUGUGCUGAAAGUUACCAAAUCUCUGAGCAGGGCUCCGCUGAAGUCCAGGCCACUGUUUGUCCAUCACGAGGCUCGGAGUAACUCGCACUCACCUGUAGGAGAGAACCAGCCAUCAUCAAACUCUGGAAACCAUAGCAACAGGAGCUCACCCGGGAACCCGAACCCACCCACCAGUGUUGGCGUCCAGAGUCUGGUGUCCACUCGCACCGUCCUCUCCUCCCUCGUCACUCCAGUGUGUGUCAACACACCCCGGCUGCACACGACCCUGCAAAACCCCACACACAGCUCAACCUCACACGUGACCUUUGACCCUGAGACUGUUGAUUCUAAUUGGUCAGACGGUGAGAUAGUAACGGAGGCUGGAGAGUCUGGUUCCUAUGACGACGUGCUGUUGGAGGACGAGGAAUGGGUUGGUUUGGAUGAAAACGACAAAACAGCUAACCUUCCAUUGAGCUCAAGGCCACACCCGUUUAAACCACACCUCUCUAAGCCCCGCCCCUCCACAUCAACCUCUGCCUCCGCUACUCUUCUUCCACUCACAGAUCCAUUCAGAUCGCCCGCUCGACCAGGACGACACUCCACGACUACAACUCCCAGCAUGCCUUUCAGCAUCUACACAGACCAAUCAGAUCACACCUCGUCUACAGGAUCAAGGGGAGGCUCAUUCAGAGUUCCUCACCCAGUUCUUUUACAUGUAAACCAAUCAGCUCGGCUUUCCUGCUCCACCAACCAAUCAAAACGCUCAUCCUGUUCAGUCGACCAAUCAGUUCUACCCUCAAUCUCCACCAACCAAUCAGCAGUCUCCACCUGCUCCACUAAUCAAAGGAAACUGUCCUCUUUCAACCAAUCCGCUCUCUCAUCUAUCUCUGUUAACCAAUCAGCAGUUUCCUUCUGCACCACCAACCAGUCAAAACUAUCCUCCAUCUCCUUCAACCAAUCAGCUCUCACCUCUCGGUCUGUUAACCAAUCAGGUGUGUCCUCUUCCACCUGUAGGCGUCUGUCUGACAGUGUAAACAGUGCAGUAUGUAAGGUCUCGAAGGUCUCGAAGGUCACGUCUCCUCUGUGUGCAUGCGGGCGGAGAGCGAAGCGCCUCACGGUGUGUAACGGCGGCCCGAACCAUGGACGGGCCUUCUUCACCUGCCCGGUGAGGAGGAGUGGCAGCUCAGGCCCCGCCCACCACGGCGGGUGUGGCUUCUUUAAGUGGGAGUCGGCCGUGAUCAACUGCUCCAUGAAACAGAGCAUCGGCUUCGGCGUCAAAACUCCGGCUUCCAGAAACUUCCGCUGACGUGCUCCGGCUGCCAGAUAUAAUAUCCAUCCAUCCAUCCAUCCAUCCAUCCACCCACCCAUCCACCCUCGAAGCCGCCUCUCCCUCAGGGUUGUGGGGGGGUGCUGGAGCCCAUCCCAGCGGUCAGCGGGCGGAAGGCAGGAACGCCCUGGACAGGUCGCCAGUCCAUCGCAGGGCAGACAGACACAAUGCCAGAUAUAAUAACCCGUUAGAAAUGAAAGCAGUGGGCUUUAUUAGAGCGAGUGGACCCCCAGCCCUUCGUUCACUCUGACCGGGUCCGACGGCCUUUCCGAUGAUCCCUGGAGGAGUGUUAGAUCAGCAGGACCGCCGGGCGGCGGAGGGAAGGUGGAAUAUACAGGACGCUUGAUGUUUAUCAUUUCGAGACCGUGAGCAGUGUGGAGGUGUAAUGAAGCUGUGACCUGUUUAGUGUUAAACUGAGUUUUCCUGAAACUUUUCCUUUUUUUUGGAAUUCUUGUGUUUUCAUUUCCCAUUCAUACUUCAUAUUCCUGCAGUAAGAUAAACUAAUAGUGAGGGCCUUAAAUGAGAUGCUCGGUGUUUUCAGUUCGUGGUUUUUGCUGUGGAAUUAAAACCUCUUUAUAUCUCGUAACUCGGGCUUUCUCUUAACGCCUUAAACCUUCAGUGGAGAAGUCCUGAUCCCACGUGCUCUCGCAAUGUCCCUCUCGCCGCCCCGUCAAAUGAGCGGCAGUUGCUGCUGGAGCGCGAUUUAGGCGAAGUGUCAAAAUAAAAGUCUCGUCAGCUUCAGGAUGAAGCUAUAAGGAAGGGCUGUAGAACAGUCCAGGCUCAGUCCAGGCCGCCCCUGCGUUCAGCUCGGUUCUGAUUAACGCGCUGGUUUAAGGCCGGUUCUGUGUUUGGUUCGGAGACGUUUUGUUGGCCUACUAGCGAUAUUGUAACUACUCACUGUAAGGCAAGUCUAUUUUUUAUUAAUGAAAUUAGGUUUUCACACAUUUUCCUGGGAGCUAUUUGGCUAACGUGUGAUUUUAGGUCAUUUGUUGCUGUAGGGACGUUUUGCAUAAACGUGUUUAUACUGAAAUAAAUAAAGAUUGAUUACCAGUA